GCUUGUUGAUUUUCAUGUCAGUGAUAGCUGACUUGUGUCUUUUAAAUAUCAGUCCGUACAAAUGAAUUCUUCAACAUACACUCAGUUUGUUGCCUCAAGAAGGAUGGGCAUAUGUGAGCCGAUCCAUCAAAUGGGCAUGUGGGAUGAUUUCAAUGCUAGUUGUCCGAGUACAUCGGCAACCAUGAUUCUAGAAGUUGAGAAAUGCCUAGAGGACCAGAUCCCUAUUAUAGACAAAAGAUUAGACAUUGAGACAGAAGAUACUUCGCAUGGAACAGUAGGGACUUCUAAUAGAUAUGAAGCGGAAACAAGUAAGCCUAUCGAGAAGGUACUUAGACGUCUUGCUCAAAACCGUGAGGCUGCUCGUAAAAGCCGUUUGCGGAAGAAGGCCUAUGUUCAGCAGUUAGAAAAUAGUAAAUUGAAGCUGAUUCAAUUGGAACAAGAACUAGAUCGGGCCAGAAAACAGGGUCUGUAUGUAGGUGCUGGUUUAGAUGCUAGCCAGCUAAGUUACUCUGGAAGUGCUAGCUCAGGAACUGCUGUAUUUGAUAUGGAGUAUGGUCAGUGGGUGGAAGAGCAAAAUAGACAAACAAAUGAUUUAAGGAAUGCUCUGCAUCAUUCUCAAAUUAGUGAAGCGGAAUUACGCAUUAUCGUUGAUGGUUGCCUGAACCACUACUUUGAGCUCUUCCGCGUUAAGGCUACGGCUGCUAAAGCUGAUGUCCUAUAUAUCAUGUCUGGCAUGUGGAAGACAUCAGCAGAACGCUUUUUUAUGUGGAUUGGGGGGUUUCGGCCAUCCGAACUUCUAAAGGUUCUGACACCACAUCUUGAGCUCUUGACAGAACAACAACUCCGGGAGGUUUGUAACCUCAGGCAAUCGUGUCAGCAAGCAGAAGAUGCCUUGUCACAAGGAAUGGUAAAACUUCAUCAGAUUCUUGGUGAGGCUGUUGCAGUUGGCCGAUUAGGUGAAGGGAAUUACUCUCUUCCGCAGAUGGGGCCUGCCAUUGAGAAGUUGGAAGCUCUUGUUAGGUUCGUAAAUCAGGCAGAUCAUCUCCGCCAAGAAACACUUCAACAGAUGUCCCGCAUCCUGAGUACGCACCAAGCAGCUCAGGGCUUACUUGCCUUGGGGGAGUACUUUGAACGGCUUCGUGUUUUAAGCUCACACUGGGCUACCCGUCUUCAUGAGCCUGCCUAAUGAUGCAAUAGAAGAUCCCUUAGUACACCAGUUUUGCCUUCAGAAAUUAUACUAUGUAAGCUAAAAUUUAGCUCUUGUUUAUGUCAAUAAAGCUCUCAAUAUGAAUAUAGGACAUUAUACUAGUUGUACAAAGGGUUUCCGAGAGUCUAUUGUGGCUUAUGUUUCCGAGCAACUUUUGAACGCCAUGGAGAUGAGAAAUUGAUAUGUAAAUAACAUACGUCGAGCAAUGGCAUGUCCAAUAUCAUGUUGUGAUUUCUCGUGAGAAUGUUUUUCGAA